AUGAAACACGAAGCUGACGCUGCGACAGAAGAAGAACAGAGGAGGGAGGCUGGAGGUAAACGUCUGCAGGAAACAUCAGCUGAGGCUGUUUGUGUCUUCAGUUUCCUCAUCAUGAGACGCUCACAGAGACACACAGAGGGUGAAAACCCAAGCAGGACCUGUAAGCUGCCAGCAGGGGGAGCAGUUCUGCUGGUUCUGGUCGGUCUGCUGGCUGCUGCUCUCAUCGUCAUCUACAGACUCUCUUUUGAUAAAAUACGAACCAAUCAAACCAUCCAAACCCUGAAAGAGGAAAAUGAAGCUCUGAGGAAAAAUAUCUCAGAGCUAAAGGAACAGCCUCCUCCAUCCUGUCCUCCACCUCCUGCAGUAAAAGAUCUGACAUGUCUGAAGUGUGAACCAGGCUGGGAGCCACAUGGAGGAAACUGUUAUUAUUUCUCCACCACUAAAUCCUCCUGGAAUGACAGCAGAAGUUCCUGCAUUGAUCGUGGAUCAGACCUGGUGAAGAUCGACAGCAGAGAGGAGCAGACGUUCUUGGAGAGCAGACUGAGAGGCUUGAUGAAGGACGAUGAGGACAAGUUCUGGAUCGGACUGACGGACUCGGUGGAAGAAGGAAAAUGGUUCUGGGUGGACGGAUCUGCUCUGGAUGAAAGUUUGAGCUUUUGGAGUCACAAUGACCCUGAUGACUGGAAAGGUAAAAAUCCAGCUGGAGAAGAUUGUGUGAGGAUGGGAGAGAGAGGAGGAACUCAUGAUCUGAAAUGUUGGUUUGAUUAUUCCUGCAAUAUUAAAAAUAGAUGUAUCUGUGAGAAACCAGCAGCUCCACGUUAUCCCUGUGUCUGAAGUUCAGCUCAGUCUAUAAAACAAUCUGAGAACAGAACCAAGAACCUGCAGAGAUUCUGGUUCUAUAAACAUCUAAACUUUUCUUCCAGCUUCAUUGAAAGAUGAAAUUAAUCUUUUUAAUCAUUAUUUCUAUCAGCUUUAGUUGUUUUCUGCUCUGCAGCAACAAACCACCAAGAGAAAAACUCAGAAACUGAGUUACAAACAGGAACCUGGAAGAACCUGCAGCAGAACUUUUCCAUCAGUUUAACAGAGGAUUUAUUUCUGCUUCUGGUUCUAACGGUUCUGGAUCCCACAUGUGACUCGGGUCAGAACAUUUCUGAGGCUCUGCAGCUUCUGAUGAUCCAUCAUAGAGAGCAGAACAUGUGGAAAACCAGAACCUCUCUACUGGUUUGACUGGUUCAGAUCCUCCUUACCAGCAGCUAAAACUGAAUCAGUUCAUGUUCACAGUUCACCUCCUGGACAUCUGGAACUAAAACUCCCAACAUAAAGUAGUUCCUGUUGUUUCAUCAGUUUAUGUUGCGUAUGAAGCUUUGCAUGACGUCGUAUGGAUGAUGGUUUCUGCAUCAUGACUCAUCAUGUUUCCAUGUAGAAAAAUAAAGAUCAGAUCCUCCAUCAGAGCUCCAGCUUUCAGGUUAUCAGCUCAAAGCAGCAGCUGUUCAUGUAGCCGUCAGGAUCAUGAAUAAACUUUUCAAACUGCA